AUGUACAGCGAGUAUGAGCGUGUGAAAGAUCACCGAACCUUUAGCGAGCGAAAAACCGUUUUCGCCGGUCCUCUCUUCGUUGAGCGCUACGAGCGCAUUGAGCCCUCAACCACUGUCGUCAUGACUGAGGAAGGGUUCGUCGUCGGCGGAGGGAAACCACGGAGUGAAGCCCCCGCUGAACCUGCCGCCACAGAGUCAGAGCCCGCGCCGGCUGUGACCGUCGAAGAGUAA